AUGGCAGACGAAUUUCAUGUUGAAGUUGCGGAGAGUGAAUGGUCGCAAGAUGUGGUCAGCAACCUCAUUGAAGGUUACAGAGCGAGGCCUGCACUAUGGGAUGUCACGUCUGCCGAAUAUAGAGACAGGUUGAAGAAAGAGGAUGCAUGGAAAAGUCUGGCGAAGGAUUGUAAAAGAGAUAAAGUGCAAGUGACGAGAAAAAUGCACAACCUGAGAAACCAGUAUGCGCAAGAAUUAAAGAAAGCCACCAAGAGGAAAUCUGGGCAAGGGACUGACGACGUUUACACCCCAAAGUGGAUGUACUACAAGGCAUUCUCUUUUCUAAGGGGAGUUAUUGGAGAACGAAAAUCGAAGACCAAUUUGGAACAAGAAGAACAAGCGCCAGAUGAUACGCCAGAUGCAACACUAUUUAACAAGGACGAGAUCUGCACUCAACCUCGAGGAUCACCAUCUUCCGUGGCCACACCCAACCCGCCACCGUCGAAAUCUCGAAAACGAAAGGAUGUCGGUCGUGCGUCUGAUGAAAUCCUUCAGAAGGCAUGUGAAGUUAUGUCAAGGGAGACCGAUGAACUGGACACAUUUGGUGCUUUUGUUGCUUCUGAGUUGAGGGGAUUGAAAUCAGAGUCGAACCGCAAGAAAUUGAAACGGGAUAUUCAAAGGGUCAUUCUUGAAGCAGCUGAGAAGGACGAUGAAGACGCCGCAGCUAUGACAACCACACUGACGCCCAGCACUUCUCGCAGCUCAACUUGCAGUCCUUCGUUGACGGGAUUCAGCCAAAAAGAGCAGGGAAACACAGGCCCGGACGACAAGCAAAUUCCGAAUCAAUUUUCCUUCCUACACAUGCUUCAGGAUCAGACAAACGUCAUGUGUAAUGAUAAGAAUAAUUAA